AUGCAUGUGGAUCAGCUGCUGUGUCGCGUGUUUACGUUGUUUUCCUCGUGUGUGUGCGUGCGUGUGCCGGGGGGGAGGGUGAUUUUUGUAGUUGGGUGUGCGGGUGAUGGAGAAGCUCUGCACGGAUCAGCCUCUGCAGUAGAGCGGUGGGAAACCGAGGCUCGCUGUUAAAUGCAGCCACGGCUAACAGCAGCUAACAAGCUAACGGGCUGCAGCUAGCCGACGGGAAGGCGUGACAGUGAGGCGGGCAGCCGCCAGCUCUGCACUCAUGGCCGAUGACGGUGAGGAGAGGGAGGCUUCAGCCCAGCAGCACGGCGAGAAUGGAGACGCCGCAGCGGAGAGCCGGGCUCUGUCCAAGCGGCAGAGGAAGAAGCUCCUGAAGCAGCAGAAGUGGGAAGAGGACAGGGAGCUGCGGAAGCAGAGACGGAAGGAGAGGAAACAGCAGCGUCGCAUACAGAGGCAGAAUUGUGAGGAGGAGGAACACGGGGAUGAUGCCCAGAGUGCCAGAAAACGUCCCCGCAGAGAGGUGACGCCCAGCUCUCUGAGGCUGGUGGUGGACUGCGGCUUCGAUAGCCUCAUGCUGAUCAAGGAUGUGCGGAAGCUUCACAAACAGAUCCAGCGGUGCUAUGCUGAGAACAGACGAGCCGUUCAUCCAGUACAGUUCUAUCUGACGAGCCUGGGGGGACAGCUGAAACAGAGCAUGGAUGAAAAGGACAAAGGAUGGGUAAACUGGAAGGACAUAACCAUUAAAACUGAGCACUACAGUGAAGUUGUGGCUAAGGGAGAUCUGGUGUACCUGACGUCAGACUCUCCCAAUGUGCUGGAGGAACUGGACCAAAAAAAAGCCUACGUGAUCGGAGGCCUGGUGGACCACAACCAUCAUAAGGGCAUAACCUUUGAGAGGGCGAAAGAGCUGGGGAUCGAUCACGCUCAGCUUCCUUUAAGCAGCUUUGUCAAGAUGAACAGUAGGAAGGUUCUGGCAGUCAACCAUGUGUUUGAGAUUAUCUUGGCCUAUCUGGAGAAGCACAGCUGGCAGGAGGCCUUUUUCACCGUCCUGCCUCAGAGGAAAGGAGCUGUGGCCGUCGACCAGGACGGAGCGACUGCUCAGGAAAAAGAGGAGGAAGAUUCAGGCUCAGAGCCUGACCCCGACACACCAGAGCAAACUGAGACAAGAACCUAACACUUUGCCUAAAUAGACAAUUUCAAAGGGGUUCUAACGUUGAAUAGGAAGAGGCAAAUGAAAGUGGUUGGAUUUAUAUUUGAAACUUUCUGACUUUACAAUUUCAGAAUACUUUUUUUUUUGUUUUUACUGAAUAUUUAUUUAAAAUGUUAUUUUGUUCCAACUGCCAAUUUCACUGUUCAAGUUAAUUGAACCGUUGACAUUUUCAGUUAUGGUGUAAUUUCUGGCAGAAAGCAUUGCUAUCACAUUCAAGAGCAUACGUUUUAAUAAAGUUUUAUUUUUUGAGCUGCCACACCUGUGCCAAAUGGAACAUUUCCAAAGAAAAGAUUUAAUACAAGACAAAGUAAUUCACACGA